UGCCUGUCCAGUAUUUUCAACUAGUUGCAACAACACUUUGGCACUGAAAAUUAAACUUGCACUUGGAUUGAGUCAUGGAUGAUUUCACACGCAUAGUGUUUGAAAUGAGCAGCAUGUUCAAACAACGCAUGGCUGACUUUGAGGAGGAGCAUAAGAAUAAUGCAGCCACGCCGGGACUGUCACCGGAGUACAUUGCUUUCCGGACGUUCAUCAUGCAGGCUCUCAGUGUUUUCCAGCAGCAGGUGAACUUUGUGGUGCAGAGCAUGGACAACAUGCAAAUGCGAAGCCGGCGUAAGAUAUUACUUCUGCAUGGUGUGUCGGAAUCCGAACCUAAGGAAGAGGAUACUACCCAGGUGGUGGUACAGGUUGUCAAGGACCGCCUCAAACUUGACAUAAAGCCUUCCGACAUCAAGCGGUGUCACCGGAUGGGUCGAGUUUCCCAAAAGGCUCGACCCAUUUUGCUCAAGCUUCACGAUGUGGCUCUCCGUGACAACAUCUGGCGUGGAAAGACUAAGUGCAAGGGCUCGGGCGUUACCAUCUCCGAGUUUUUGACAAAGAUACGUCACAACACGUUCAUGGCAGCUCGAGAGAGGUUUGGCGUCAAUCAAUGCUGGACGAGGGAGGGCACUAUAUAUGUCCUGGACUCGAAGGGCGCUCGACACAGAGUGACAUCCAUGGACGACCUCGAGAAGAUUGAGCCCCAACCGCCUGAGCGGGGUGCUGCACAGCCUGUCACUGCAGCUGCCGGAAGAAACGCCGUGCCCAGGGCAAGGCGUGCUGCAGCAGCAUCACGAAAAUAAAGUAUAUUUGUUUUUAAGUCACUUUCUAUGGGUAGUUUGGGUUAAUUGGGUAUUCUUUUAUUUUGUAAUGUUGUCGCAUUACCUUCACUUCAUAAUAUUUAUUAUUUCUUUUCAUAAUUCAUUUCGUUAAGGUAGUAGAAUUUUACUGUUUACAUGCUCAUUUGUCACUGUCACUUUCAUGUCAUUAUUUAUCUGUCAUUCUUUAUUCUGCGUUUCGUUCCACGUACUGCAUGCAUGUGUUUUGGGUGGCAUGUUAUUGUGUGACAUAGUAUUUUUUUUUUUUCUUAUUUUUUUUUUAUUCAAUAGUUCUAUUAUUAGCCUAAACUACCACUGCUUCGUUAUUUCAUUUAUUUCUUUUUAGUUGUUUAUUGUUUUUUAUUGCUUUUCUGGUUAUCUUUUGCUAUUUGUUGUUUGCUUUCUUAUAUUAUGAUUCUUACAGACUAACUGGCAGGUGGAGUGCUAUACUGGAUUGUGUGAAACACACAUUAAUAAUAUUUCAGCUUUGUUUUUAUAUUGCAUUAUUUGUAUCUAUUUUACAUAUUUUUAUAUAUUGAUAGGAAUUACACAUUACACACCCAUGUCUGAUUGUAGUAGCAAUGACUCAGAUACAUUCUUAUCUCUAACUUCAGACGAUGACAGUUAUUGCAGCUUACCGUCCUUACAUGAGACACUCGCUUCUAUAUUUUCUGAUGUAUCGCAGAACUUCAAUGUGGUUCACAUUAACGCCCAGAGUAUUCCGGCUCACUACCCCGAUAUGCUGGCAAUUUUUCAAUCUAAAAAUAUACAUGCAAUUCUAGUGUCCGAAUCUUGGAUGAAACCUUGUCUCCCUUCUUCCUCUUAUUCUCUUCCUGGGUUCAAUAUGAUUAGGAAUGAUCGUGCGGUUGGGGGUGGGGGUGGUGUGGCCAUAUAUCUCCGUAAUAACAUCUCCUUUAACAUAUUGAACAUGUCCACGCAGCCCCCUCCUCAGAACGCUGGUGAACACCUUUUUCUGGAGGUUGAGUUACAUCACGCUAAAAUUCUUCUUGGCGUGUAUUACUGUCCUUCUUUGCGUAUAAAUUUCUUCUCCUCCUUCGAGCAACUCCUGGAAACAUUUGUACCUUCAUAUGAUCAUUGUAUCAUUAUGGGGGAUUUUAAUACAUGUCUCUUAAAAAACGACUCGCGUUCCACUUCUUUUUCCCGUUUAAUUAAGUCUACCAAUCUUUCUAUCCUUGACCUCAAGGCUACUCACCACUUCCCUAAUUCAGUUCCUUCGCUUCUUGAUUUAAUCUUAGUUUCUUCCCCAAACCACGUUGCCAAACAUGGCCAGUGUCCAGCUGACGCCUUCUCUUAUCACGACCUUAUCUAUACUUCCUUUAAAAUUCGCCCACCCAAGCAUAAGUCGAGAACUCUCUAUCUCCGCAAUUUUGAGGGCAUGAAUGUUGAGCGUCUACGGGAGGAUGCUGCUGACAUUGACUGGAAACCUCUGGC